AGCACACACAUAUCUGUCUUUCGAUCUGUCUGUCUCUUGCAUCUAUAUCUCUUCCACCUCUUUCUUGCUGUCCAAAAAAAAAAAUUUAAUUUUUUUUAGAAAACCCAAAAAUCUUUAAAACAAAACAAACCCAAAUCAAUAAAAACAAACAGAAAAACAAUGGAUUCAUCAGAUGAAGAAGGAGGGGGUGAGGAGUACUUAUUCAAAGUAGUAAUAAUAGGAGAUUCAGCAGUUGGGAAAUCAAACUUGUUAUCAAGAUAUGCAAGAAAUGAGUUCAAUUUACAUUCAAAGGCAACAAUUGGUGUUGAAUUUCAGACACAAAGUAUGGAAAUUGAGGGCAAAGAAGUAAAAGCACAGAUUUGGGAUACUGCUGGUCAAGAAAGAUUUCGUGCUGUUACUUCUGCUUAUUAUAGAGGUGCUGUUGGUGCUUUGAUUGUUUAUGAUAUUUCUAGAAGUGGCACUUUUGAGAGUGUUGAUAGGUGGCUUGAAGAACUUAAUACUCACUCAGAGACAACGGUGGCAAGGAUGUUAGUGGGGAACAAAUUGGAUUUGGAGAACAUCAGGGCUGUAUCUGUGGAAGAUGGCAAGAAUCUUGCGGAGAAACAUGGAUUGUUUUUCAUGGAAACAUCAGCACUGGAUUCCACCAAUGUCAAAACAGCUUUCGAAAUGGUUAUCCGUGAGAUUUACAACAACGUCAGUCGGAAAGUUUUGAAUUCCGAUUCAUAUAAAGCCGAGUUAUCAGUUAAUAGGGUGACUCUUUCAAACAAUGGUGAUGAUGGUUCUAAGCAAGGUCAAAGCAGAUAUUCUUGUUGUUCUUGAUUACUGAAUAUUCUUUUCAUGAAUUGUGUUUUUCUUCUAUAUAAUUAAUUUUCAAAGUUAAAUUAUUUGUUCUUGGAUUACGUGAUGUGGAUGGUAAAAAGUUACCAUUUGUAUUAUUUAGUAAUGUUGAUUCAACACAAAUAUUCUUUAAAUGUUUUAUAUUAUAUUAUUACUUGGGAUUGCAUUUGGCUUAAAA